UCGAAGCGUUCGGUCCGUCGCCGUUCGUUCGUGAGGACCGUGCGUGUGUGUGUCCUUCUUUCUUUUUUCAAUGUGACAUUCAAAGUUAUUAUUGUUAUUCUCAUUACUCGAGUGUCGAGAGAUUGUCUGUGUUUAUGUGCCACUUGCACUUACGUCAGAGAUUAGCCACCAAAAUUAAAAACACACGCAUAUGAUGGGAAACCCUUUCAAAAAGAAUUUUUGAAAAAGUCCAAAAAAGAAAAAGAAAAAAUUCUAUUUUUUGGGGAAAACAACUGGCUGUAGAAAAAACAUUCCGUGACGAUUAUUGUGUUUAUACGUUCGGCUUUUACAACCCGGAUCUAAAAUUAGGUCGGUGGCUCUGCACUGCCGAUCGUUCCGUUUUCUCUCGUGUGCGUGCACAGCUGUUGUUGCAGGCUGACGGUUUUUUUACCUCCACAAAACGAAAAAAAGGAGGGGGGAGGAGAGCUGAUCAUGUCGCCAUUUCAAACAGUUUUCUUUCAAGAAGGAUAAAAGACAUCUGGCCAAUUUUUGAAGUCGUCCGGCCGACAUGAAGUGCUGCGAUUUAUUGAUGAGCGCCACACGAUUGCUGCUGACCCCCGCCACGACGUCUUCCGACUCGACGUCCAUCAUGUCGUCGCCGACGGCCAAGGAAUGCAUUUUAAAUCAGCAAUCGAUCUGGUUGAACCAACCGACGUCGACGAUGAAACGACGCAGUCAAACGCUUCCCGAUUUAUAUUCGCCUUCAGCCUGUGCGUCGGCCGCGUCGGCACUGGAACGACGUCUGUCGAAUCACGGAGGGACGGCCAAUCGCGGCAGUAGGCGUCGCCGAAAGGACGUGCUCGGCAAAGAACAGGUGACCAGAGACGAGAUCAUCAAUGACGUACAAGCUGGCCAGCCGGUUAUCAGUGACAGGACGGCCCUAGCGGCGGCGGCCGUCGUGAAUCAACAGAUACCGGCCGUUCACGAUGCGUUUAUCAGACGCGAUCGCACAACGGCCAGUAGUAGUUUGAACUCGUUGCAUUCGUCAGGUCGUCGUCCGUCUACAACAACGUCUUUCAAUCACCGCUAUAGUCGCUCGGCGCUAGUGUUGACGCGUCCGUUCAAUCAUCGCCGCAAUCCGGAAACGGUUUCAUCGCCCAUUGGUCAUGAGGGCACGUCGAGUGUUGACUUUGUGAUGGACGAUGUGCCCGUUUGUCAAUCAACGGACGCAAGGCGAUUGGGCGUUUGCAGAUCGGCGCCGGCCACUCCGCACGUGUCUCGUUUGCAACGGACAGACCAUCACCAAGAGACGCCCGACAAGAAUCAAUUAAGAAAUUCGAAAUCGUCUUACGGUUUCAACGAUUCGAUGGCGGUGGAAGACAAGGACCAAACUCGAUCGACGUGCAGCGUCGUCGCUCCUCACUCGGAAGCGUCGGACGCGUCGUCGUCGUGUUUGUCUCCUCCUCCACCUGUGAUCCAACGGCGCUUCCUGAAACUCUUGUCGGAGGGCGACAUCCAGUUGUGUCGCGUCACUCAUUCGGGCACCGUCCUCGGCAAGAUUUUGAGCUCGAAAUUCUUGCGUCGCUGGGAGACGCAUCACCUGUACCUCAACGACGCGCAAAUCUCUUCGAAAACGCCGUCGGGUUUCAUGGAAGAAUCGACGCCUUAUUCUUCGAUGAAGGAAAUCAGUCUGGUGGUGUCUUCCUCUUCGCUGACUUCAUCCGCUUACUUGUGGGAUCGCAGUUAUUCCGAUCCCGGAUCGACGGAAGUGAUGGGAGCCGUUGGCUUUGCCACUCCGGCCAGCCAUUCACCGCAACAUUGUUUGAUCCGCAUCGUUUUGCCCGAAGGAUGUCUUCUUCUCCAGGCCAACAACGCGUACGUGCGAGACCAAUGGUAUCACUCCAUCAUUUGGAAGAAAAAUCUAUUUCGAUAUCACCAAAUCACGAGACGGACAACCAGGCAGGAAGUUUUACUGAAAGAAGUCAAGAGUAUGGUGGAAUUGGCGACGUCGACGCCGUUGCAGGAUCACUGCAUCGCCCAGGCGCCCUUUCAAGUCAUUUCGUCUCUGCUCUCCACCGUCAGCGAAGAGAAAUCGCAACAUCAUCAGCAACAUCGCAUUUCUAUCGGCAUGCCUGGUGGCUGUUAUUAUUCACAAACAGUUUUGGAGGAUUUAUUGUUGACGUUGUCUCCGCUCCUUGAACGUCAGCCGCCGUCGCGUGAAAUGUGCACCGCCUUCAGCCGGCAUUGUCGACUCCAUCCGAGAUCCUCUCUCGUACGAGGCCUAUUCACAUCCGUCGUCCACCGCAUCCUCAAACACAACGUUGAUUUUGGGAAAAAUCCAUUUAUGAGACGUUUCGUUCACGACUACAUCCGUGUCCUUUACGCCCACAAUGAUGGGCCACAGGCCGUUCGUGACUUUGUGCGAAGUGCUCACGGCGAAGGAAGUGCUUGUCCGCAUCCUCGUGUCCUACCCAAUUUAGUGGCCGUUUGUUUGGCUGCUGUUUUCAGCAUUUACGAGUACCGACGUCGAAGACAACGUCAUCCGUCCGACUGGGUUAACAUCCAAACCAAUCAUGCCGUUGACCACAACCAAGACAAAUUGACGCCUGCACCAAUUGUUGAACCAAUGGCCGUCGAAGAUCGUCCGCUCGCUCAAGAUGAGACCCAGCGACCCCACAAGUCCAACAACAACAACAACAACAUUUGGGAUAUGCAAUGUUAUCUGACCAUCAUCAAAACUGCUUGUGAAUUCGAGGAUUGGCGUCCCGGUUUGGCCCAGCUGUUGCAACCUGUUCCAUUCCCUGACGAAGCGCUCGUUGACGACGUCUUUAUCAAGGGAAUGGGGACCGUCGUUGGAGCCAUUGGCAACGAUGCCCGUUGCGCCGUCCAUCAGUGCGUCCUGGGCAUCCGCGAAGGCAAAGAGGGCUGGUUCCACGUCAUCUGUCCGUCAUCGGCAGCCUGUUCCGACGAUGGAUCUCUUUGGGCCUCUAUCCUGAAGACGUUGCUGGACUGUUGCUGUCGUCGCAAAGCAUUUUUAGCGUCCAUGACGAAAUUGGUGGGCGCUUGCCAACUGUUGGCCUUACGGGAUCAUUCAUCGGCGCAGGAAACGCUUUGUCUCAUGCUGGAAUGGAACCUAUUGGAAGCCGAUAAUUCGCAGUGUGGAACGGAAGAACGUGAUUCUCUUCCGCUCCAAGUGGCCACAACGUUGCAGAGUACCGAAUCGGGCCGUCGUCUCUAUUUCGAGCUGUGCGAUCGCCAACUUCAUCUCAAAGAAUUGCAACAAAAGGGUGGACCUAAAAAAUUGACAUUACCCAAUCGAUCGACAGACGAUGAUCUGUCGAAAUUGCUACUCAAUUGCGGUUCACUGGGCAACCUUGAAUGUCUGAGUUUGGCCUUCACGCAGGUGACGAGUGCCUGCGCCCAGCAUCUCAUUAAAUUGCCCUCUCUACGCUACCUCAAUCUGUGGUCUACUCAGUUUGGCGACCCCGGUUUGCAGUUGAUUAGCGAACACCUGCACAAAUUGCAGGUGCUCAACUUGUGCGAAACGCCCGUCACCGACAAAGGUGUCGCUUGCUUGGCCAGCAUGAAGAGUUUGCGCAAAUUGAACUUGAACAGCACGACGUUAUCGGCGACGACUUUUGAGAAGUUGAAGCAAAAACUUCCGUCACUGCAAGAGUGCGACGUUCGCUACACGGACGCCUGGUGACAAGACGGGCCGAGGGAUCAUCAACAGUCAGGAGAAGCCGCUAGCGAAACUCCAACUCCCUCGAAUGCCCAUUCGUUUUUCUGCAUCCGGCCACAAUUACAGGCGCCUCCCCUCAAUCGAAGCGCCAAUCUCUUCUUCUGCACUCGAUAUCAUUCGACGCGUCAAGCGCCGGCCAAUUUCCUCGAACUGGCCGAUCAAUUCCGUUGACAAAAAAAAAAAAAAAUAAUUUUCUCUUUCAAGUGUGAAGAAAAAGAAGCUAGUCUGGUCUGUUGCUAUUGAAAAGAAAAAAGAACUAGCUCAUUCAACUUCCUCAUUUUAUUCUAAUUAUUGGGAUCCUUUCAUUUUCUCAUGGUAACCAUCGGUACAUGUGCACCUACAGUUGCUUUAUUUAUAACGAUUGUGUACAUAGGCAACAAGGAAAGAAGACCCUGAGAGAGAUGAUUCUAUUAUGUAUAACAGUUGUAUUGAUGCAUUCGUCAAACGGUGAUUCGUAAAAGGGAAAACAUUUCAUUUGUUUGCUUCCUCCCGUUUUAUUGAUCGUCCCGAAAGUGUAAGCCCUCAGUGAUGGGCAUCAUCGCGUACAGCCUUUUUAGCUGAUUGUUUUUUCUCCCUUUUCUUCACUUGUAAUCGACGUUGUUUUUCUUCGUCAGCUUCUUCUCUAUUUAAAAAAAAAAAGAGCUUAGAUUUUUUUUUUUUUUUUUCCGAUCCCCACCUUUUUAACUUCUCCUUUUUGACAAGUCAAACCAUCCAGUCCUCAUCAACCAGUUACGUAUUUAACGUAUUUAACUUUUAAAGCGAUUUCAAAUAUUUCUUAUCUCUAUUUUUCUGAUUCGAGAAUGAAGGUAGUAGAAAUAGGAAAAGGAUUCUAGGAUUUUGUGCAAAAAAAAAAAA